CCUGUCCCUCUUUCUGCCACCUUUCUUCUCCCUCUGCUAAUUCUUCCCCUCCACACCCACGCUUACCCACGCUUACCCACGCUUACCCACGCUUACCCACGCUUACCCUCUCACUCUCACUCACUCUCUCUCUCGUCAAUUGCAACAUCCGUCUGGCUCCCUCGCCCUCGCUCCUCCUCCGCCAGACUCGACUUAAUUGCUCCCCUCCUCGCCCCUCCUCGGUCCUUGUCCUCAUUCCACUCAUUCCCUCUCUCAUCCCUCCCCUCAUUCGCAUCCCUCACACCCGCAUACUCCCUACCGCCUACUGCUUACCACUGCCUGCUAUUACCUACUGCCUCAGCCCUCUCCGCCUCCUCUACUCAUGCCUAUCCCCAUAGCCGCACCCCACAGUUCCCUCCCUUCCCCGCUUCCCAGUGCUCCUGCCACCAACACCUCCUCCAGCAGUAGCAGUAGCAGCAGCAGCAGCAGCAGCAGUAGCAGUAGCAGCAGCAGCAGCAGCAGUAGCAGUAGCAGCAGCAGCACUGACAGCGACAGCGCCGUAGGCAGCAUCGGAAGUCUCAGCAGCCAACGCACUGGUUCGAGCUACACCUUCGGCAGUAGACCGCAUACACACACCCUCGACAGUAGCGCCUCCAGACGCUGGAACAGACUACAGCGCAGAUCCUCAACCGAAAACAUCCUAGCUACACAUCGUCACUAUCAUCAUCAUCAUCACCAUCGUCAUCAUCACCACUCGCCGCGGACGCGCUCCCUUUCCUCCUUUGCUGCGACCCAGCCACUGAGCACUCGGCUAGAACGACUGUACCAUCCUCACCGGCAUCCUUGGUAUCCUAGUCCGGAGCGUUCGCACCAAUUGCUCGACAGCCCCUCGUCCCCCUCGUCCCCCUCUGCCAUUUUCCCUCAACACCAGCAUUCACCGUUUGAAUCCCAUGAUCGCACGGCCAUCAUAAACCGAGAAACGCGCGUCCCUUCAUCAACAACAGCAUCAUCCUCACCCCCUAGUAUAGGGCACACAGUAUCCGCAAUAGAAACAACAGCAGUUGUGUCAUCAGCUUCUCCCAUUUUGUCCCCUCCUUCUCACUCUGACAGACAACUAACAAGCCAGCACAUGCAGCACCAAUUUCAUCCUCAAAGGUCCUUUGAACAUUCGAUGCAACUGGAUAGUUCAAGGCCAGCCGGUAAUCUUUCUACUUUUCUCAAUUCUGGGGACACGGCUACCCUGAGUGGCCAUCAACAGCCCGUAUAUUCAGCACUCGCGAACGGGUUCGACCAUCGAUCAGAGCAGCUACGAAGCUUUACAGGCAGUACAGAACUCUCCUCCACACCUAUGCAACGUUCGUUGACAAACAAUCCUGUUAUGGCGUCCUACUCCAGUUCUCUCUCCAGUAUCUCCGCUGCUAUUUCUGAUCCCAGCUCUGUCUCCAUCUCUAUAUCGUCCUCAUCGCCAACGCCCUCCGCUUCCCUUCUGCCCGCACUCCAUCUCCCGUCGUCCUCUUCUGAUGAACGGUUAGAUGGCCCCAAUAGCAUUGUGGCUCACGCGUCUGUGACCGAAAGCGCCGCCAACCUUAAUUUAGAUCGCGGUCUCAUUGGUGGACGCGCUUCCCACGCGAGCGAACAUCGCGCAGGAGGCGAUGCGGGCAGGAGGGCUCAUGCGCAAGCACGUGGGGACGAUAACCGUUCUGAUGAGGUGGACGACCGCAUUCACUUCCGUCUAUUGAACAACAUCUUCUUUUCAACUUCGGCUCGACAGCUCCAGCACAAUGACGAUCGCGGAACGAGCUCCGCCAGUCUUUCUCACAAUAGGGAGCUGCUGCAGCGUACUAUUGACAAUGAAGAUCAGCGCAUGCUGGAGAGUGGGGAGAAUAGGAUGGACUACGGAACCACUGGUGCAGACAAUACCAUGUAUACCGGCCAUGGGGACGAAUUCGCGUCUCUCAUGCUCCGUGCACGGGCAGGACAGGAGUUAAUAGAGGAAGAGGAUGACGAAGAUGACGAGGACGACGGCAUCGAUCAGAUCAUCGAGAGCAGGCGUCAGCGUGAUUCAGAGGCGUACCCAAUGGAUAUAGAACCGCCCUCACCACUCUCGCCUUCGAAUGUUGAACGUCCUCAGCAUGCGGCGCUCUCACCUCAUGCAGCUGCAGCUCUUGUGGACAUGUUCUCUGCUAGUCGAUCAGCUGAGCAACAACUCGUGAUCGACUCAUCCACCCCCUCUAACUUGCAGGGAUCGCAGCAUGAAUACGACAACAACCCUUACUUUCGCAGACCAGCCCUCCUUGACUCUUCUGAAGCGAACAGCAGUCGUCCCCAGGACUCGGUUCACGAAAACCAGUUCAGAUCAGGCGAAGCAGGGUCCGAUUCCAUGACCAGACUAAGGUCGAUUUCGACGCAGUACGAAACAAUCCAUCGAGAGUAUAAUAGCCAUGGAGGCUGUGGAGAGCGGGCUUCGGUCGUCUGCACGGAAACACAAGGCGACGUGUGGCCGCUCAAUUUUGACAUGUACUAUGCCGAUGGCGGUGAAUUCAACGCUGCACACUCUGUCGAGAACGUUCUGAAGAACGACUCUUCCGUCUAUUGCUCCAGACGAUCGACCAAUAUCAACAUUUGUCUGAAAUUAUCCGAGCCCCACCAAACUUUUGUACUGACACAGUUCAAGGUAAAGGCACCCACGACGGGCUUUACAGCUCCGUGCAAAGAAGGGUUGAUUUUUAUCAGCCAUGAGCCCAUACCACUGGAGAACACGGUAUUGUUUGACAACAUGACCCGCGAGCAUUACGAGGAUUACAUGGAAGGCCUCAGUCAGGGAGCGGCUUUCAAUCAGCUGCUUAGGAUUCAUGGUGCCAGUGCGGAUGCACUUGUCCCUGCCGCCUUUUUUCAGAUGAAUGGGCUAGAUGAGACCUGCACUGUGGAUCUCACGCCGAACAGGUCUGGACGAUACAUUCUUAUCAAGCUUCUGCGAUCACGGUGCACCAAUGCACUGCAAAGACCAGAGAACAUCGAUCUGCAGUAUCUCGGCUUAAUUGGCUUCACAGGCGCACGCUCCUUCGCAUCAGGCGGCCUAUUGUAAUCAAUAGGGCCCGAAUGACAAGUUUUUUUUUGUUUCUGCACUCUUAGAGUAUCUACCAUGCUAUUAUAUUCCUUUGUUUUCUAUUCGUGCUCGUAGCCAUUUGUUGUAUAUCAUAGUUAUUUCUUUUAAGAUCAUCGCUCCCAAUGUAACUG